AUGAAAUCGAAUUUCUUAUUGAAUUGUUUCCGCCAUCGACCUCAGAUACCGUAUUAUCGUAUAUUGAAUAUUAUGGUUGCCAUCUCCGGACUGAUUGUAUUUUUAUUUGCUUUAAAUUACGUCGUCGUCGACCGAAAUUCGAGUGAAACUACUACGAUGACGAUAAGCGGACGGGCGGUGACGGAAAAUGACAGUGAAAAUAAAAAACCGUGGGCAUUACCAGAAGGAGAAUUAUUUGCGGAUUUGCAAGGUCGGCUGGCUGAUGUCAACUUCGCCACCGGCUGUACCGGUGUUUACCGAAGUUUAUUAUUUUUAUCGCAACGACGGUGGUAG